UGCAGUUGGCACGUCAGCACUGAUUUGUGUAAUGUGACAAACGAGCCCCUAACUGGACUCCGUGUUAGAUAAUGCGUUACUGGAUGUAUAAACUACAGUGAAGUGCAGUGAACUGAUUGAUAUGUUAGUCUACUGAACGUUACAGUACGGAGUUACCUACUAAAUAUUUUCGUAAAAAUGGCGGCAUCGCAUAUCCUAAGCGCGGUGGAACCAACGGUCGGCGGCGGGGGAUCGCGCGCGGGCCGGGAAAGAGAAGUCAACGUGGCGCUGGACGAUAGAGAGCUGUGGGUCAGAUUCCAGACUCUGACCAAUGAGAUGAUUGUCACUAAGAAUGGACGACGGAUGUUUCCCGUUGUUAAGGUAACUGCUAGUGGGCUGGACCCGACGGCCAUGUAUACAGUACUGCUGGAGUUCGUGCAGGUGGACACACACCGCUGGAAGUACGUUAACGGCGAAUGGGUUCCUGGCGGGAAGGCUGAGGUGCCUCCCUCAAACGCCAUCUACAUACAUCCCGAGAGCCCCAACUUCGGAGCGCAUUGGAUGAAGGAGCCCAUAUCCUUCGCUAAAGUCAAACUUACGAAUAAAACCAAUGGAAAUGGCCAGAUAAUGUUAAACUCCCUCCACAAGUACGAGCCACGAGUACACUUAGUCAAAGUCGGGACGGACCUGCGCAGGAUCAUGACCUAUCCUUUCCCCGAAACUCAGUUCAUAGCAGUCACAGCGUAUCAGAACGAGGAAGUGACGUCACUGAAGAUCAAAUACAACCCGUUCGCGAAAGCUUUCCUCGACGCCAAAGAGAGACCAGAGGGGUACUACCAGAGAGAUUUCGUUGGAACACAUUACCCCCAGCAGAGUUCUUCGCCACAUCAGUAUCCACAAUUCGGUGGUUGGUUCGUGACGUCACAGUCGCUAUACGGCAGCAGCAACUCGUCGCGGCGGCCGGCGCCCUAUCCGCCGCGGUCGCCGUCACGACCGAGAACUCUCUCUCCUCCCUCAACAUACAGCAGCAGCGAGCGGUCGACCGUGGUCACCAACACCAACGGGAGCUACACGUGGGCGGGCAGCAGCGGCUACUGGAGCCAGGGCAACAGCUCACCGCAGCCCACUUCCUCCCCCGCCCCCUACCGCACGCCCCCCCACGCGUACGCCCCCGCCCCCAUAGAGUACACCCCGCCGGCGACCGUGCCCGCGACCGCCCCCGCCCCCUUAUACCCGCUGCAGUACGAGACUCCGGCGCAGCACUCCCCGUACUAUCAACACGCGUACGCCCCGUAUGCGCAUCAUACCAUUGAAGACAUCUCUUAUUGGCCCAAUAGCCUCAACACAUACGGUUACCAGCCCUCGGAAUACGUCGGUACCGGCGACGUAUACAGCUCAGAAGGUAUACCGUUCAGCUCGACUACACCCCUAGAAGCCACCACGUCAAACGAGCAUCGGUCCACGCCGACGUCGGAACACCAGCCCACGGAGAAGGAGUACAAGUUUAAUACGGAAGAAGACCGCCAUUCCCCCUGCGAAGCGUCUACACUCUCGCCUCGAUCCCCCCAGUGACAUACGAUAAAAGUUGGGGCUCAGACAGUAGCAAAACGAUAACGAAGUCAGAAAUUAAGGAAUGAAUGGGAUUAUGUGUAGCAGUGUAAUGGUAC